CCAGACCGCCCUCAAAAACUGAAGAAAACGAAAGAGCCCGGAUUUUCCACUUGUCUGCAAAAUCUCUCCAUCUCUCCAUGUCUUCCUCGGUUCUCAGCCCGCGCCGUACGGACGCGACAGGUUCAGGCGGUAAAAUCCUCCGAGGAAGGCGUACGGCAUCCCGUCCUGUCUCUCCAUAUCUCCGCCCCAAUCCGCCUCCUUCGCGGCCCCAAAACUCCACCUGGUUUUCCGGCCUCUUCUCCGGCGCCGGGAAACUGCUCUCCUCCGUCUUCCGCCCUUCGCCCUCUCCGCCGCUGUCGGAGUCCGCUUCAUCAAGUUGCGAGGACGACGAUGACGACGACGACGACGACGACAAUGAUGAUAGGGAUAAUGAUGAUGACAUUCUUUCCAAAGCGGUUGAGGAAUUGGAUCAAGCAAAUAAUGGAAUGGCACCAGUGUCAAAUGAAGACUGUGCAAUUGUGACACAACCGGCAGCGCAAAAGAGUGAAGCCAAACUUGCAAUUGAACAGUUACUUCGUCAGGAGACAUUUUCAAGGGAUGAGUGCUUAGAACUAACAAAGCUAAUUCAAUCGCGAGUUGUAGACUCUCCUACCACAGGAGGUGAGGAUGCAACAGGAAAGGGGCUGCAUGACAGAAAUUUAAGGAGUGAUGUUGCUUCUCCAGAAGCUCCAGUAGCUUGGAGAUCAUUGUCUCAAACAAGAAAAACAAGCGAGGCAUUUCCUUAUUCUGCCGGUCUAUUGGCCGCUCUUUCUCCCAGUGCCUCUGCACUCCAAGCGCAUUCGCCUGAUGUUCGCGAUACUGCCAUUAUGGAGGCAAGGAAAUGGUUGGAGGAGAAAAAGAUGGAACAAAGUUCAAAUUCAGAGCGAGACCAUGGACCCUGCGCUUUAAACACUGCCAUGCUGCCAUGUGUUAGUGAAGGUGAAGUGAGUUCACCUGUGGAUGUAGCAAGAUCAUUCAUGCGAGCCCAACCGCCAUGUGCAUCUCCAUCUUUGAGCAAUGCGAGAUUCAAUACCCCACCACCAAUUGGUCCACAACUGUCCAAGGAUGAAUCACCAUAUACAAUUGUCACUCGUUCUUUGACCUCAUCCAAUGUACUCAAAAGGAACUCUCUUGCCAUUGGUUCAUGGGAUAUCACUGAGGAAAGUCGAAGAGUUCGUCUUAAGCCAACUGACGAUAUGCUAGAACCUCCUGCAGUCAGGCAAAUUGAUUCAUCUACAACGAUCUCAGAACAUAAAAUGGUCCAAAGCCCAGCAGCUGCUGAUAAAAGAGAAGUGGUCGGUAUAACCAAUGAUUCAAAUUCUCUGCCACCUGCAAAGUCAGUAGAUGCAUCUGCGGACUUGCCUGCAGAAUCAUCUGUGGGUCGAGACGGGAUUCUUCACUCUUCUGCUGAAAAAUCUGUGGAAGUGAAUCCCUCAGUGACUGAUGGUGUCGAUAACAUGACUGAAAACCAGGUUCUUGUCAUAAACAUCUCAGGCUCUGAACCGAAAGUCAUGACAUCAGAAGAAGCCAACCCAAGUGAUGCUGGUGGUGUCGCUGACUACAAUGAUGCUCAUGCUUCUGUCCAAGAGAUAGGUUCUCAGGUGGGGAAAACUGUACAAGAUAAGAGCCAUUCAGAACCACAUCAGCUAUCUGGUCUCAAAGAAACAUCUUCUACACAUGAUUCUAGGUUGCCGGGUGCAGAAAUUCAGAUGCAGAAAGAAGCAAAUGGAUCAGAAGGCGGAAACGAUGCUAAUGGUUCUUUCAAAUCCAGUUCGUCUGCAGAAAUGAAGGGAGAUUUGGGUAUGAAACCAUCAGUAAAGAUAGACCAGAAUUCAAUAGGUCUGAGUCAUGCUGUGUUGGCCACCGGAAAAUUGGCAGAAACCUGGGAGCUUUCGAGUGAAGUAUCCAUGGAAUUCCCUGUGACUACAGAAACGAACAAUAUUGCAGAUGGAGUGGAUAACGGUACUACUGGCAAUAAGCAGGAAGAGGCUCUGCCCACCAAACAUCGGCCAGGACCAAGAUCAAAUUCAAGCCGUGGAAGGUCAGGGAAGUUGACCACGGUCAAGCCAGAUGGGCUGCUGCAGUCUGAAUCUCAACCAAGUCGAAGCCGUAGCCGAGCAGGGAAGCCGAGCAAAUCUGAAGCAGAUGAGCCACCAAAGGCCGAAACUCGAACAAAUCCAAGCCGCGGCCUGAAAAGGAAAUCGAGUGCAGGAGCCAUGAAGCUGGGAACAAGAGCGGGAUCUGCCAGAAGAGGCAGGGCAAGGGGUAAAUGAUGGGGCUGUCUCUUGGCAAUGUUGUACUAAUUAUUGUAUACCACUUAGGUAGUUAGAAAUGUAAUCGGCUGUUUUACCACGUAGGAAUGUAAUCGGCUGUUUUCCUUGGUUAGCUUGGGAAACAUGGGUCACGGGUGCAUGUCUACUUAGGAAGUUAGUAACACCAUUUGUAAGUUGUAAUUGGCUGUUUUUUCCUUUGUUAGCCCUGCAAAACAUGGGGCACACUUGCAUGUCCACAGGCUGUUUGUUGUUUAUUUCUUUAUGUUGUAACUAUAUAUCACAAUAUUCGAGUUUUAUUUCUUA